AAUAUCUCAGCGGUUAUACAUUACGUGGCUGCAGAAGAAACCAAACGUUUAAAAUGCUGAGGUUCAUAAAUCGCAUAUUUAUGCGAGGUUUCUUGGAGUCUUUGAUAGAUUUUUCAUAGCAGUGAUCCACGAACAACCGAUACACAUUAUAAUGAAGGUCUUGACGUUUGUUGCCUUUCUGGGACUUCUUGUGUUUGUACAACAGGCCCCGACCGCGCUCAGUGGACCGACCAAUUGCCAGCACCCUGGAAGAACGAUAAAUUUCUACUUUGCAGCGGAAAUUGCAGGCCUUGGGCAUGAUAGGGACAAUCCUGGGUCUAUAAUAGCUGUCCCAAGUGACCAUGAUAACGUGAAUAACAAAGAAACACCCACAGACACUGUAACUCAAUCAUUUCUUGAGGAAACAAAGAGCUCAGAAGUGUUUGAGCCAACAUCAGAAUGGCAGACCAUAAAGCCUGGACAAGCUAUUCCUGCUGGACUCCAUGUACAAAUGAAUCUCCAGACUGGAGAGAAACAAGCCAAGUUGAUGGAUGGAGAUGAUGGCAGUAAAUACAAGAAGCAUGCAAAAGCUAAAUAUUACAAAGAGUACAAUCAGAAAAAGGAAAAAGUUGUUAAAAUUGAUAGAAAUGUAUUCACUAAGCAGCAUUUGAAAGAUGCAUUGAGGGAUUUUAAGGAUAAGUUUCAUGAUGACACAACUACUGGGAGUGGCUCAGAGCAAAUACAGACUUCAAGACACUUCCGCCCAAUCGAGGAUAUCCGAAAGGAACUGGAGGGAUCAGACAUCUUCAUGAAGAAAGACAUUGAUGUGAUUAAAGAACAUGUUCAAGUUUUGAACAGUAGUGAGUCCACUAUGGAACAGCUUGAGCAUGCCCUGGAUGAGCUUGAGUACUUUGUACACCAAAUUGAUAAUGCCAAGGAUUUUGAUACGAUUGGGGGCCUGGCAAUUGUGAUUAAGCUCAUGAACAGCACUGAAAGUGGUCUGAGUAGUCGAGCUGCAUAUGUCUUGGGUUCAGCUGUACAAAGUAAUCCCUCUACACAGAAAUCAGCCCAGUCCAAGGGAGCUCUGCUCCUCCUCCUCCGCCUUCUAGCACCAUCACAGCCAAUGGCAGUCAGGCGUAAAGCCAUGUAUGGCCUGUCCUCGCUUAUCAGAUUAUACUCCAAAGGCCAACAAGAAUUUCUAAAACUUAAUGGUCUGGAGACAUUUAUAAAGCUGUUUAGCGAGGACAAAGCUGGGCCUCUUCGAGUGAAGGCCCUCACUCUAAUGACAGAUAUAUUGACUGAACAAUUUGACUAUAUCAAGGGCAAAGCUAAAAUGCAAGGAGUGGAAGAGUUAGAGUCAGUUGUGAAACAGGUGCCCCUUCUGCAAGCCAUGGUUGCCCAAGGCUUGUGUGCACAUGUAUCAGCCCUUCUUGACACAACUGAUAAUGACACUAGAGAAAAAGUGCUACAAGCUCUUGAUAUCAUGAUGGUGGGGUGUAAACACGAGCUCAAGCACACUUCUGUCUUCAAGAGUUUGCAACGACUUAGAGAUGAAUGGACAAAUUCUGCCGCUUCAUCACAAGACUCCGACGAAAGGGAUUACCUGAUGUCUUUAUCACAGCUUGCCUUGGAACUUAUUUCUAAAUUGAAUCGAAUAUGAUGAUACUGUAGGUUAUUUAAUCUUCACAAAGAAACCUGUCCAUAGUAUUUUUAAAUUAUCCUCUUUGUAAAAAAUACAUAUAUAAAGAAUUUAUUGAUUCUUUGUCCUCAGUUGUGCUUUCUGGACUAAUAUUUCAUUGCAAUGAUCGCAUGUAAAAUAAUAAUUUUAUUCCAAGGGGAACUUACAUAGUAGGUUGACCUGUAUGUCUAUCCUCUAUACAUUUCAUCACAUUAUCACGGGAUAAAACACAUUUGCAAAUUCCGCAGUUGACUUCUUCUAUAGAGGAUCAUAGCAUUUUGCAAUUAUUUUUCUCAGAAAAAUAAAAAAAUUGCAAAAUGUAGAAGUCACUUAUAUACCGAGGUUAGGUUUUGCAAUUAUGUUUUUUACUAAACUGCGAAAGAUAGAACUCACCUUUAUACCGAGGUUGGGUUUUGCAAUUAUGAUUUUGACAUUUAGUUCAAGAAAAAGAGGGUUUCUAUUUUGUAAUUAUGUUUUUACAUAUCUGCGAAAGUUUGUAUGUUGGAUUUAGCAGUUAUGUCAUAAAUAUUAUUGCAAAAUAAACCCUAUUUUAUAGCAUUAUUCUAUAUUUUGCCAUACCGGUAAAUUUUUUUAUUCAGAGAAACAUAAUUGCAAAAAGUUACCAUUCUCUAUAGAAGAAGUUAACUACAAAUAUCGCAUAUAUGUGUACACUCCAUCACCACAAUAUUUCUGAGCUAGACUCGUAAUGUGUCAUAAUCUACAAGAAAAGAUCUUUUGGGUUCAACAGUUUGAAAGAAUUAUUAAUUACAUAUAGAUCACAAAGAAAGUUUCGUUGAAUGUCAUUGUAAAUAAUGACACGUAGUUUGUCUUCCUUAAGAUAUGUUUCGAUAUGGUCACGCACGAUCGCAGGCUAUCGUGUACGACUAUAAGAAAACUCUUGCGACCGAGUGCUAUCGUGUGCGAUCAUUUUGAAACCCAUUUGCGAUCGAAUACGAUCAUAUAGAAUUCAGCCUUUUCCCUGUAUUUGUACCGGAAUAAAUAGAUUAUUUUAUAUUAUCAAGUCUGUUUCAAGAGAAUGUAAAAAUAAAAAGGCUUCCAACGCGCA